UGUAAUCUCCCCCCAGCACCCUGUAUGGUACAGUCGUCCCGAGACAAAAGCUCUUCUCUGGGUUUAAACCCAGUUAGCGAACUUUUGUAAAGUUUUGUAUGUCUCAGCAUCUAGUUGGACGAUGCAUUUUUUUACCGAGUUGUUUUUAAUUUAACGAUGGAUACCAAAUCGUUACUUCUCCUCGCUGGGAAUGUUUACUCGCCGUAACGUUAUUCCUCCUAAUGUUGAUUGUAUCUGGCUAUCUUGUUAGCUGGCUCGGCUAACCGUUAGCCUACGCCGGUAGAUGAUUUUCCAGCCAUGUCGAAGGUGAUUUUAAUGGGGAAGCUCGACCAUGCUGAUGUGUUCCUCUGAGAAAGGUGAUUUUAAUCUGACUCCCCGGACCGUGGCGCGGCUGGUCCUGGAGGCCGGGCAGGAGCACCGACAUGGGGGAGGAAACUCAUCCAACGGGAGCACGGCGAGUAACUCCCCCCGGAGUACGCCCGGCAGCUCCCCCUCCCUGCGCCGCCGGGUGCUGGGGGGGGGACGGAGCAGCGAGACUGAGGGCGGCGGGGGGGGGGAGAAGGGAGCGGCCGAGAGCCCCCUGCCCUCCAUCCCCUCCGGCUCUUCCCUCGGCUCGGCCUACCCCCUCGCUUCACGCCACUUCAGCCGCAAUGCCAAGAAGAUGCAGAGCUGGUACAAUGUCCUCAGUCCAACAUACAAACAGAGAAACGAAGACUUCCGGAAACUCUUCAAGAAGUUACCAGAUACAGAGAGGCUGAUAGUUGACUACUCGUGUGCACUUCAGAAGGACAUCCUCCUCCAAGGUCGUCUCUACCUAUCGGAGAACUGGCUCUGCUUCUACAGCAACAUCUUCCGCUGGGAAACCACUAUCACUAUCCCGUUGAAAGAUGUUACCAGUCUGACGAAGGAGAAAACGGCCAAGCUGAUUCCUAAUGCUAUCCAGAUCAGCACGGACAGUGACAAGCACUUCUUCACGUCGUUCGGCGCGAGGGAUCGAAGCUUCAUGAUGAUCUUCAGGCUCUGGCAGAAUGCCCUGAUGGACAAGACUCUCUCUCCUAAGGAGCUGUGGCACAUCGUACACCAGUGUUAUGGAACCGAACUGGGUCUUACCAGCGAAGAUGACGACUAUGUCUCACCUCUCCAGCACCUCAACGGCCUUCUACCUGGAGAGGAGUCAGAGUCGGUGUCCGACCUGCUGGAACUCGGCUCGGCCUCUCUCCCGGGCUUCCCUCCCUGUGGACCCCUCAGUCCUCUCGGGGAGACUCCUCCCGGUUCCUCGUCCCACCUCUCUGUGGAGGAGGUGUCCUCGCUGUGUCGCAGACGCAGUUCAGAGUCCCUGGAGGCCGGACACUCCUGCUGCCCCCCCAUGAUGCCCCCUGCUGUGCCCCCCAGCUCCUCUGCCCCCACCUCCAGUGCCACCUCAUUCAAUCUGGAGGAAGCCUUGGAUAUUCCGGUGGAGUCGAUCAAUCACAUGCUCCCCCCUUCGACCAGCAGCAUGGGAAACCUCUCCUCAUUGGAUGUUACCAACGACGACGAGCUGCCCACCGACCUCAGCAACUCCUCCGAUACCCAGGAAGAAAGUCAGUUCCCUACCCCUACUUACUCGCACGACACAGCUGAGCACAACAACCCCCUGGGCCCCAAGACAGCCCCCGUCGUGGACACUCAGAGCCUGUUGAAGAGCAGCUCCCAGGGCCAUUGCUAUGUGGUGGACUCGGAGGUCAUCACGUCGGGCAUCCCUUACCAGGACUACUUCUACACCAUCCACCGAUACUGUCUGACCUCGCUCGGCAAGAACAAGAGCCGCAUCCGAGUGUCGUCUGAUAUCUGCUACCGGAAGCAGCCCUGGAGUCUGGUCAAAGCUCUGAUUGAGAAGAACACCUGGAGUGGUAUCGAAGAGUACUACAAACACAUGGAGAGCGAGGUGUGCAAGCUGGAGACUCUGCUCCAGUCCGAGGUCUCCGUGGUAACCAGCGGUGAGGCGGGCAGCAUCGACAGCAUCCAGGGUCUGUCGGCGCUGCGCCGCCGCAAGCGCCUGGGCUCGCGGCGGGCGAACGACGCGGAGAGGGAGGGGCCGACCGUUGCCGGCUCGCCCGAGCGAGGAGAGCGAGGGCUGGGGGACGACCGGGACCGCAGAGACAGCGCUCAUUACCGCAGCCAGGGGGAGCACUCCACUGGACACACCAGCGUCUCCACUAUGCUGCUCAUCGUUAGCUUCAUGAUCUGUGUAAGUCUGGUGGUGUUGGUCGCCCUCAACGUUCUGCUCUUCUAUAAACUUUACUCUCUGGAGAAAGCUGCUCACAACCUCGAUACCUGGAGCUCUGACACCCACAGCCCCUCCCCCCAGACCCCAGCUGAUUGGCUGCAGGUGCUACAGCUCCAGCGGAGGUUCCACCAGAACCAGCUCAACAAGUGGCAACAGAUCCUCUCAUCCUCAGUCUCUCUGCUAGACCAGAUGAAGAGGUCUCUAGAGAAGCUACAGCAGGGCAUCCCGGUCCCCGAGGUGCAGCAGGAGUCCCCCCCGCCUCCCCCCACAGAGCGCCACCCCGACCCCUGACCUCCCGGCCCUCCCGAACUCUCUGAGAGUCUCUGCCUCCACUGGCAGGACCACUGCAAUAAACCAGUCUGGACUGGGUCUGGUCUAGUCUCGGUACGGCUCCGGACUAGUUCCGGUCUGUAUCUCCUCCACGGGACCAUUUGGGGUGUUGGACCUUCUACAAAAUAUCACUCUGCUGCCUAACUCACACACACACACACACACACACACCCGCCGACACACGCACACAGAGACACACUGCGUCUGUGAGGACCUGAGACAUAUCAAAACAUUUCAGAUGAACUGACUUUCCGGAGUCGUCUCCCUUUUAAGAACGUGGGGCGUGGCCUACGGGCCGCUAACAGUAUUUAUUUCUUGAUUAUUUCAUGAUUAUUUUGUAUAGUGAGUUUCUUGAAGCUCUGGUCGGACGUAGCAAUAAUGACCUGACGUUCUAGAACCUUGAGGGGGGGGGGGGUUGUGUGUGUGUGUAUGUAUGUGUGUGUGUGUGUGUGUGUGUGUGUGGACUAAAAAGGGAACCAUGUUACAGCUUCACCUCCGAUCUGGAUUAGUUACAUUAUACACUUUAUUUAAAGACUUCUACCACUUCUCUCUCUCUCUCUCUCUCUCUCUCUCUCUCUCUCUCUCUCUCUCUCUCUCGCUCUCGCUCUCGCUCUCGCUCUCGCAGCACCGUUCUGAUGGUUGUCCGUAUUAUUUAUAGUAAAAAUAUGUUCUGAUUGUACAGCAAUGAAAUGUGCUAAAAUAUGCAACAACCCUC